AUGUCCAGUCAAAGUUUCUAUCUAGUGGGCGAUGAGCCCGUCACCGCCAAGGCCAUUCUCAUCAGUGAGAAGGACGAUCUCAAGUCCCUGAAAAAGACGCUCGCAGAAAUCUUUCAUAUUGCGGGGAAGCAAGACCUUGGGUUUCAGAAUCAUGAACAGGCACUAGACUCUCUGAGCGAGAUUCUUAGCAGUUCAGCGCCCGUUGGUAUUACGCUCGAUGGCCAUGGAGUCAGACGCAUUCAGGGCCCAGAGGGUCUCCCAGCAGUGGGGAGCUACUACGAAGUCUUUCCUGAUCAUCUUGGCAAUCAUGACAGACUGUUCAAGAAGUAUGGUCCGGUAAUCAAGACUACCAACAUGGGCAAAACGACAUAUCUUACCAACGACCCUGCGAUUGGCCAGAUCGCUUUAUCCGAAUCCCAAUUUUUUACAAAGAAAAUCACCCCAAACCACCCACUGUUUGGACUGAAGGAUAACACUGCCCUUUUCCUGGGUGAUACGGAGACAGCAAACUGGGCGGCGGGUCACAAAUGGAUUCCACCGUGCAUGAGCCCCAAAGCCGUACGCCACUAUACACCCUUGAUGCAGAAUUGCGUCCGCGAUGCCUUCAAAGUGUUCGACGAGCUUGAUGCGCGAAACGAGUCCUGGAACGUCUACCAGUACAUGCUCAAGCUGGCAUCAGGUUUCAUUGGGAAGAUUGUUCUAGGCAUGGACUUUCACCAGAUGGACGAGAUUGAGUCUCCGAUUCAUCCGAUUGUGUCGAUGAUAGCGCUGUCGUUAUCUUUGAACAAGAAAGUCACAUCUAGAGGUGAAUGGUAUACAUAUUUACCAUUUGGGGAUCCUCAGAGGCUACGCGACGUCAGGAAGGCAAUGUAUGCUGCCUUAGCUGUUCAGGUAGACGCUGCCCGACAGGAUAUAGGAAGCGAUCUUCCACUUCACGAUGCAGCUCUUGAUGCAAAGUGUGUUCUUGACUACCUUCUUCGCGCCGUGGAUAAUCAAGGCAAAAAGCUCCCGAUCGAUUUGGUAUACUCGAACAUGGUUGUAAUGUCAGGUGCUGGCUUUACGACAACCUCUUCGCUACUUUCAUGGUUACUAUACUGUGUUGUAGCAUACCCUGGAAAUCAGGAACGUAUAUUGCAAGAACUGGUUGACCACGGUAUCAACGAGAACACUCAAUGGACUCCUGAGCUUUCCAGCAGUCUUCAUUUCGUAGGAAAUUUCAUCAAAGAAACGCAAAGAUUGCACAAUCCUUCUUUCCAACCUGGCCGAACGUCCAAAACCGAGGUUAUCCUUCCUGGAGGCUAUCGCCUACCUCCCAAUGAAGUGAUAAUUUCUGCACUCCACGCGAUCCACACCAACCCCAAAAUCUGGACCAAUCCUCAACGCUUCGACCCCGACCGCUGGGACUCAGACGAAGUGAAGAACAUACCAGCCGGCUCUUACAUACCGUUCGCCACAGGCCCCCGUGGAUGCAUCGGCUUCAAUUUGGCUCUAGCUGAAGUGAAGGUCCUACUACCUGAACUGGUAUACCGCUAUGAGUUCUCGCAGGACGGGGAUACGGCUAUAGAGUAUGAUCCUGAGUUUCAGCUGAUUCGGCCGGUGAACCUGUAUGUCCGUGCGAAGAAGCGAACCGUGUGGCCAAAGCCAAGCGCUAAGGUUUAG